GAUAUAAUCGACGGUGUAUCAACCUAAAUGAUAAAAGAGCGAAACAAAACAACUCGUUUGGGUUUUGCUCCGCCGCUUUUCAAAACGUGAAAGCGAUGUGUUUGGUAAAAGACUCCGACUGGAGCCGUCGACGACACUGUGGUUCCGCAUACAGACCCGUUCACCGAGUUCCCCAGCAGAGAGAGCACAACCAAAGAGCACAGUGCUGUAACGAGGACACACUUUAAGGACGCUAAAUGAAAACCUGCCCCUGAACUGUUAUAAACUCAUAAAAGAAAACUCUGUAAUCACAAGCGGCUGUGAUUGGAUCAUCUUCACCAGCGCGGAGAAAAGUAACAGGCUCCACCUGACAACACAAUCACCAACUACCUCAGAAGCCUGAACUACACUUAUAUAUUCGGGUUUUAUAUAUUUAAAAUUGCACAUUGAAGAUAGGACAACGUUUAUUAUCCUUCAUUUGAAUUCUAGAUCUUCUGAUAACAGUCUUUGACAGGAUAUAUUGAUAUUUACCCUGUCUUUCUCCGUUACGGUAGAGGGCGAUAAGGAGCGAGGGAAUAUCCUCUCUGGCGGCAUGGCAUGGUUUUGCUUGUAAACAUCACAUAAGAAAAUACUUCAUAUUUGUUAGACGUGCUUAUUAUGUUCUUGUAAUAGCUGCGUAUAGUUUGUGCUUUUGUUAUCAACCAGCUUUGAGGGAAAUAUACCCAAAUAAUACGCGUUAAAGAUGAGCAACAUAUAUAUUCAAGAGCCACCCACGAAUGGAAAGGUCUUGCUGAAGACCUCCGCAGGUGAUGUUGAUAUCGAGCUCUGGUCUAAGGAAGCUCCCAAGGCAUGCAGAAACUUCACUCAGCUCUGUAUGGAGGGUUACUAUGAUGGCACAAUUUUUCAUCGUGUGGUGCCAGAAUUCAUUGUUCAAGGAGGAGACCCCACAGGCACUGGGACGGGAGGGGAGUCCAUCUAUGGCCGCCCUUUCAAGGAUGAAUUUCACUCCAGAUUGCGCUUCAAUCGGAGAGGUUUGGUUGCUAUGGCAAACGCAGGACCUCAUGAUAAUGGCAGCCAGUUCUUCUUUACUCUUGGACGGGCUGAUGAACUCAACAACAAACACACCAUUUUUGGAAAGGUCACAGGAGAUACAGUGUAUAACAUUCUCAGGCUAGCAGAGGUGGAGUGUGACAGAGAUGAACGGCCGCUCAACCCACACAAAAUUCGAUCCACAGAGGUCUUACAUUCUCCCUUUGAUGAUAUCAUUCCACGUGAAAUUAAAGUUAAAAAAGAGAAAAACAAAGGAGAAGGGAAGAAAUCACAGUCCAAAGCAACAAAGAAUUUCAACUUGUUGUCGUUUGGCGAGGAGGCCGAGGAAGAUGAGGAGAUGGCCAGUCAAGUCAGCCAGACCUUGAAAGGAAAAAGCAAAAGCAGUCAUGACCUGCUGAAGGAUGAUCCCAAGUUAAGCUCUGUUCCUGUCGUUGACAGGAACCAAAGUGGCGGAGAUGAUUUUGAGGACGCAGGUGAUGAUUCAGAGGACGACAGCGAUCUAGAAUCAGAGAGGGAGCGGAUCCGAGAGAACAUCUCACAGAAACUAAAGAAAGACAAGACGGAUGAGAAGUCGUUCAAUCCAGACACGGUGAAGAAGACUUCCCGCAGUGAUGAAUUGAGAAAAGAAGCUCGCCAGCUGAAGAAAGAAUUACUUGCAAUCAAACAGCGAAAAGAAGAUGGUGUGAAGAAAGAAGAGGAUGUCAGCGAGGGUGACAGUAAGCCGACCAGUGAGGCGGUGACAGAGUACCUGGAGAGCAGGAAGAAGUAUGAAGACAUGAGGAAGCAGAAACUGAAGAAAGGUUCUGGCCGAGAGGCUCAGACACUCGCCCUUUUGGAUCGCUUCAAAUCCAAACUAUCAUCUGCGAUUUCGGAGACUCCUAGUGUUCCAGAGGAAGACGUCGAGGAACUUGGCGAGGAUGACGAUAAGGGCUGGUGA